AUGGCUAGAGUUGAAACAAUAUUUGACGGAAAACUUACACUAGCAGAAUGUGAUGUCGUUGUACAGUUUCAAAAUUAUGGCUGGCAAACUAUGUACAAAAGAUAUAUGUCAAAUGUUAUUAAAGCACUGGAUAUUCAUAGUGAUAUAAGCCGUUUGUAUUUGCUUGUCCAACUUAAUAUAACAACGAAUAACUUCGAAGCAACUCUUCUUAAAAUACAACAUGAAAACAAAUUAAUCAUAUCUCCUGACGCAGUACAAUUGACUAAAAAUUUAAAAGAUAUUAUACCAGAUGCCGACCCAAUUUACUUGGAUUUAGCUGGAGAAUUUUAUUCAAAUAAUGACGAUAAACUAGAUGAAUUCAUUGAUCAAAUUACUACAAAUAAAAGAAGCUAUCCUAAACUAAAAGAGUACAAUGAACAUGUUAAUCAUUUGGCUAUUGUAAAGAAUUUAAGAAACGGUUUCACAGUUCAAGAGUUUUUAAAGAUGUGCCCUGAUCCAGUUAAUUACUUCAAAAAUAUAAAACUGAAUGCAGCAUCCACACAUUAUGAUGAAUCAAUGUCUUAUUUAAGUGAUAGGUAUAAUCUUGUUUCAAUGGCAAAGCUCCGCACUGAGUUGCUCAAAAAUAAAUACAAUUUAACAAAUACCGUUGAAUCUUUACAAGCUGAUCUUGCACCAGUUUAUUUAAAGACUAAAAGAAAAUCAUUAAGUAUUCGCCUUAUGGUCAAUUACAAGAACACAGAAAAUAUUGAAUUUUUAAAAGAAAUAGCAUACCUUGAUCAUAAAGAUGAAAUUCUGAAUCAUAUAGAGUCUGUAAAAACUGUACAUAAAAUUCAAGUUGAACAAGCUAAGUCUAUUGGUAAGUUAAACACAUGUGAAUGCUGUUUCGAUAAUGAACUAUUAACCAGUGAAGUUUUUUCCUGUCCAGCUGGACAUAUAUUUUGUGCAGCAUGUAUAAAAAAAGGUACAGAAGUUGCUGUUGGUGGAAGUAAGGUAGAUAUUAAAUGCUUUGCUGAUUGUGAUGAAGAAUUUAAUUUAACAAUGAUAAAAAAUAUUGUUGAUGACAAACUGUAUCAACGUAUAAUGAGGUUGAAGCAAGCACAAGAAAUUAAAGCAGCCGAUAUUGAAGGACUUGAAACAUGUGCAUUUUGUGAUUACUCUGUUAUUUUGUCUCCUGAUCUCAAAAUUAUUAACUGCUUGAAUCCUGAAUGCAAAAAAGAAACUUGCAGGCAAUGUCGGGAAGAAAGUCAUUUCCCAUACAGAUGUGAUCAAAUAGAAAAAGCUCCAGAAGUGGAAGUUAGAACCAUGAUUGAAAACAAAAUGACUGAAGUACUCAUAAGAAUUUGUUAUCAUUGCAAACGUAAGUUUGUUAAAGAAGAUGGAUGCAACAAAAUGACUUGCAGCUGUGGUAAAAAAAUGUGCUACAUUUGUAGAAAGCCCGUCGACUCUAAUUAUGCCCAUUUUUACCACCAAGAAGUGAUGGAAAAUAAGUGCCCGUUAUACACAGAUGAAAAUAUUGUACAUACUACUGCUGUAGAAGCUGCUGCUAGAUUAAUAAUAAAUGAACUGAAAAUAAAGAAACCGGAAUUGUUAAGAAAUAUUGAUAUAAAUAAGAUUUUGCCAGCCUUAAAAAAAUCAAAUAACUCUCCAAACAUUCAGGAAUCUGCUUUAGAUAUAAAUAAAGUAGUUGCUACAGUCAUUGGUCAAAACGUAGAAGAUAUUAAUAAUCUCAAAGAUAUGAGAUCAUUGGAACCUAAAGUUAAAAAACGAAGAUAUUAA